AUGACAGAUAUAAACCGACUGUCAUCAAAUAUGAGUGACAACAUGCCUGGACCGCAAGAAAGGGGACUCCGUUCGGUAUUUGUGAGAAAUAUUUCACACAAAGUUACGGAGGACCAUUUGCGGCAAAUCUUUCAAAAGAUCGGACCAGUUAUCAGUUUGGUGACGGAUCGUGAAAGCGGCAAGCCAAAGGGUUUCGGUUUCUGCGAAUUUGUUGACCAGCCGACAGCUGAACUAGCUAUCAGGAAUCUCAAUGGUUAUGAAAUAGGUGGUCGCAAUUUACGCGUCAAUAGUGCUGCUGCUGGUGAUAGCACAGCAGAGGAGCUGUCUUUAUUACAACAAGCUUUUGCGGUACGUCAAGAUGAAAGUCCGCACGGACCAAUUGAAGGAAAAGCUCCCGAGGCUGGUUUACGAGCAGUAGCCUCAUUGCCACCCGAAAAGAUGUUUGAGAUCAUGAAACAACUCAAAGAUGCUUGCAAAGCUAAUCCUCAAGAAGUGAAAAAGAUGUUGAUGGAUAAUCCACAGUUAUCAUAUGCGCUUUUGCAAGCACAAAUCGUUAUGCGAAUAGUAGAUCCUCAAGUCGCGCUGGCAAUGCUUCAACGAGAAACUCCGGUUAAUUCAACACCAUUUCAUCAAGCACAUAUACCGGGCCCAUCUGCACAACCUCCAUCUACCAUCAUGCAUCAUCAAGACAUGCCACCGCCGGGAUUCACUGCACCCCCGCCUGGAUAUUCUUAUCCUCCACCAGCUCCCGUUCAACAACAACCACAAAUGGUUGAUGGAGAUAGUCAACAGGCUGCACUACUCGAACUGGUUUUGAAACUAUCCGAGGAAGAAAUUGCAAUUUUGCCGCCAGGAGAUCGGGAAACUUUCAACGACUCGUGGUACUUUACUUGUGAUCCAAUAUGCAUCGGAUGUCAUUUUCCAUUUAGCUCGCCUUGCCCACUUUUUGGAGGAAAAAGUAUCGCAAAAAUAGGUUCAAAGCUUGGAAUGGAAAUCUUGGCGCGUUGUUCAAUCUCACCCCGAACCUUGAUCGGAUUUAGCGAAAUUGAAACUACAAAUAUUAGCUUUACAACUGUGUACAAC